GGCGCCGGCCCGGGCGGCGGCGCGUGCAGCCUGCACCUGAGCGAGCGCGCCGACUGGCAGUACUCGCAGCGCGAGCUGGACGCCGUCGAGGUCUUCUUCUCGCGCACGGCCCGAGACAACCGGCUGGGCUGCAUGUUCGUGCGCUGCGCGCCCGCCGGCCGCUACACGCUGCUCUUCUCGCACGGCAACGCCGUGGACCUGGGCCAGAUGUGCAGCUUCUACCUGGGCCUGGGCUCCCGCAUCAACUGCAACAUCUUCUCCUACGACUACUCGGGCUACGGCGUCAGCUCGGGCCGGCCCUCGGAGAAGAACCUGUACGCGGACAUCGACGCCGCCUGGCAGGCGCUGCGCACCCGGUACGGCGUGAGCCCCGAGAACAUCAUCCUGUACGGCCAGAGCAUCGGCACGGUGCCCACCGUGGACCUGGCCUCGCGCUACGAGUGCGCCGCGGUCAUCCUGCACUCGCCGCUGACGUCAGGCCUGCGCGUGGCCUUCCCGGACACCCGGAAGACCUACUGCUUCGACGCCUUCCCCAGGUGAGCCUCGCCGGGCCCUGACCACUCUCUGGCCCUUUGUGGGCAGGGCGGGCGCGGGAAGGGCCCUGGGGUGUGCGGACCGGGCACCGAGGGCCCGAAGCCGACCCUCCUGCUUUGUCUUCUGCGGGGGUGGAGGGGUGUCCCUGGCAGGGACCAGAGCCAGGCAGCCGCUGGCGGGCAGAAGGCGCCCUGUGGGCUGUCUUGGGGCAGUCAGGGCUCAGGGCCCGCACUGGGGUGCCCCGCGGCUCCCGCUGGUGGGGUGUGGGCGGCAGGCGCCUGUGGGGAGGGGAG